ACUAGAACUAGAACAAAACACGCAUAGGCUCGACCUUAUUUCCGUCUUUAGCUAAGGGACCGGGCGAGUCAGCAGCAUUGACUGAACACAUCAAAUACCGGUACCUCCGAAAUCUUUGGUCUCGUAUCAGGAACCAAGUUGCAUUAAACCUAGAAUUAAUAAUCAACAUCUAGAUCUAGCCUUGCAGUAGAAUCUGAAUAGAGCAGAAUGGCAGCAAAUACAGGACGGCUCGCGGGCAAGACAGUCUUCAUCUCAGGAGCCAGUCGAGGAAUUGGAAAAGCCAUCGCCCUCAAAGUUGCUAAAGAUGGUGCCAAUGUUGUGAUUGCUGCAAAAACAGCACAGCCCCACCCAAAACUUCCGGGCACCAUCUACACAGCUGCCGAAGAAAUCAACAAAGCCGGUGGCAAAGCUUUGCCUUGUAUCGUGGACAUCAGAAGUGAGGAGCAGGUUCAGAAUGCUGUGCAGGAGACGGUUGCCAAGUUUGGAGGAAUUGAUGUGUUGAUCAACAAUGCUAGCGCCAUCUCUCUCACCGGCACACUGAAGACGCCCAUGAAGACCUAUGACUUGAUGAACUCUAUCAAUGCCCGUGGCACAUAUCUCUGUUCCAAGGUGUGCCUUCCAUAUCUCCUGAAGAGUAAGAACCCUCACAUUCUCAACAUCAGCCCUCCACUGAACAUGAGUGCAAAAUGGUUCCAGGGUCAUGUGGCAUACACCAUGGCCAAGUAUGGCAUGUCUAUGUGUGUUCUGGGUAUGGCUGAGGAGUUUAGGGAUGACCGUGUGGCUGUGAAUGCUUUGUGGCCACGUACAGCAAUCUACACAGCUGCGAUGGAGAUGUUGGGCGGUGGUAGCGAGGUGAAGGAGCAAUGCCGUGACGUUGAGAUCAUGAGUGACGCGGCGUACGUCAUUUUGUCUAAGGACAGCAGCAAGUACACUGGAAACUUUGCCAUCGACGAUGAAGUUCUUACUGAAGCUGGAGUGACUGACAUGGAGAAAUAUUCUUGUGUUCCAGGAGCAAAAUUGAUGCCAGAUUUUUUCCUGGACGCUGACCCUGCUGAAGCGGGAGAAGAGGCAUCAGCCGGGGCGGCUGUGAGCUCAGGACUUACGACGAUGUUCAAGGCCCUCGAGGGGCUUUUGUCUGAGGACUUGGUCAAGGAAAUGAACUCCAGCUUCCAGUUUGACCUUUCAGGCCCUGAUUCUGGUAAGUAUUAUCUGGACUUGAAAUCUGGGAAAGGAGUGGUUGCUCCAGGUACACUGGAAGGCGCCGACUGCACCAUGGUCUUGGACAGUGGCCUGUUCCAAGACAUGUUUGCUGGCAAAGCCAACGCCACCACCUCCUUCAUGACGGGCAAGCUCAAGAUUAAGGGAGACAUGAGGGCGGCCAUGAAACUGGAGAAGCUCAUGAAGAAGAUGCAGCCAAAGUUGUGAAUGUGAUCAAUCUAUGAUAAUGAUUGCCUUUGUGUAAAAGUAAAACAGGAUGUUGUUUUGUUUUUUUCUCCAUCGGAAAGAUGUUGUAGACACUUAAUGAGACGACCACCUUGUGAGAUUCCUCAUGUUUCCCACUAGAAAGUGUCCAGUACUAUAUAAACAUUGUCUGUCUCGUUCAGACUUCACAUGAUUGUGAAACAAUUUUAGAUUUCUGAUUUUAAAAUUUUUGUUAAAUAAAAAUGUGCCAAUGAGAAGUAGGCAGAUGUGGCAUGACUCAAAAUUUUAAAAAAUGAAAGUUUUAAUAAAAUUAGAGAACAUGCUAAAACUAUACAUGACAAAUCUUUAUCAAGCUUCAAUAUAUUAUAUGUAUGGCUUCAUCAUACGAAAUACAUUGCUGUGCAUAUUUUUUUUCAUUACUUUCUUACUUUUUUUUGGAAACAUGUUUUAGUGGUUCAAAUUAAUCUAUAAUUUGGGUCACCAUGAUCAAUUAGUGUAGUACUCUUGGCCAGGUAUUCCAGUUUUUGUCAGGAAUUUGAGUGUGUGGAGGAUGGCUUGAGGUGAUGACAUAUUUUAAUUUUUUUUUUGUGCUCAAGUAGUGAGAAAAGUUGUUGCUAAUUUGGUUGUGCAUGGGGUAGAAGUGAACUAUUUCAUAUUGCCUAUAUCUAUCAUGUUGAACAAAAUUCUUUGUUGCCGUUGGUUUGAAUGUACUAUGUCAUGUACGAUAAUGUGACAACUUUGUGGGAACAGAUCAUGUAACUACUUUGUAGGAACAACACCCAUUAUACCAUUACAGUUUUCUGUCAGUAUUUCUUUAAAGAAAAAAGGUCUUGAGGAUGAAACUUUCUUGUCCUUAAAAAAAAAAGAACAAAGAAUGGAAGCUCGAUGUAAAGGAAAAAAAGUUACAGAACGAAGAAGAGACAAAUUCAGUAGGAAAUUUAUACUGAACAAAGUGACCUUCUUGGUUAUACUUCUUGGAUGUGCCUGCUCUUCAUUACUGUCUUUAUACGAGUGUUACUUUAAAAAGUGCAUAAUUUUUUGUCUAAGCUCAGGACACCUUCUCCACAGAUGCAAGAGUGAGACUAAAUUGUUACAUUGUUGAAUUAAUGCAUCAUAUUCAUAAUCAUACAGUUUCUAGAAGGACGUGACGUAAUAACCAAAAGUAAAAGUUUAAAAACUUAUCCAAAUACGUCUACUGCCAAUGCUCUGCUCAUUAAUGUUUUGAAAUGUGCUUUCACUUUCACUGUUAUGUUAGUUGAUAGUUGUUCAGACUUGAUAAAGACAAGAAAGAAUUAAUUUAUAUUUAUUUGACUUUGAAUCGCUGUGUGAAGGAGCAUGACAGUUUAUUUUUCUAUUAACUCAUAUUUAUAACUGUAACUAAAUAAAGACAAAAACAGAAACAGUCCAGCUGUGUACUUGUGUUUUUGGGGCCUUCCUACAUUCAGUUAGUUGUCAACUUUGACAUGAGAAUGUUCCUCUCUUUUUUUUACAUUAGUUAUAUAUGAAAAGAAUAUUGAGAUUAAAGCUGUGUAUGAUUAUGAGAA